AUGAAGCACCUUAGCAGUCCCCACACCAUCUCGUGCAUCGUGGCGAGGGUCACCACCGCAAUCGCCGCCUCUAGAACGCGAUCUUCUGAUGUUGUAGGCGGCAGCAGCUCCUCUACGGCGACUUCGUCCCUCCUCACGGCAAAGCGAGGCCGGUUCUACCGCCCGCUGGUGAACCAGGGUAUCAACCUGUGGCGCUCCCGCAUGGGUCGCCUCCACAAGGGAUGGAAGACGUGGGAGUACGAUCACAACGUCAUACCCGAUCCAAGGCCAUUCCCAGAGCCGGCGGUGAACAACUACUACGGUCGCUCGCGCAUCUGGAACCCGAUUGCCGGCAAGAUAGGCGUUGUCAACCGCAAGGCGGAGGAGUGGGGAUGGCCACACCAGCGGCCACCGCAGACGGGCCUGCGGCGGUCGCCGGAGUACUUCCCCUACUUCUUCAGCCGCUACUUCCCCGAUGUCGAAGUGCGGCUGGUACUGGAUAGCGUCCUGAACAACGAGACGACGCGACCCAUCUUUCACAUCCCGCAGGACAUGUCGAAGCAGGAGCUUGUGAACUACCUCAAGAAUAUCUACAACAUCGACAACGUCGUCCGAAUCCGCGUACGCAACAUGCGCGGGCGGCGCUUCAAGAACGAAGUGGGCGAGAUCAAGAGCUUGCCAGACUACAAGAUGGCAGUGGUUGAGCUCGACUCGCCGGUGUCCAUCGUGUUUAAGCAGAUCAAGGGUACUGAGGACACCCCCGACAACAAGCCGCAAGCGCAACUUUCGUAA